AUGGAGGACUUCUUCAGCGGGCUGGACUCCCGGCUGCGGUGCUCGGUGAAGGUGGCGGACUCCAUCAUGAUGGGGCUCGUGAACGCCGCGAUGGAGGACGCGUACAAGAAGAGCCUCUGGAAGGACGGCGACCUGGAGCGGCUCUUCCAGAAGCUCCGCUUCGCCGAGCUCGCCAUCGUGCAGCUCGAGUGGUGCCUCCGCUUCGUGCGCGGCGAGAUGGAGGCCGGCGGCGGCCACGACGACUGCCACGAGCAGCUGCUCGACGACCUCCUCGAGACGCGCGACAGGAUCCAGGCCCGCCUCGACGAGGCCGAGGCCGAGGCCGAGCUCGCCGUCGCAGACAAGGACCGCGACUACAUGCGCCGGAAGCACGAGGAGGCUGCCUCGCCGUCGCGCCGCGAGGCAGUGCCCGACGUCGUCUCCGGGCGUGCCAGCCCGUGCCGCCGGGAAGCCGAGGAAGGCCGCGUGUUCGGGGAGCUGAAGGGUUCGGUAGAUCGGCAGAUGGCGAGGAUGAGGUUCAGGCUCGAGGACGCGCGCUCCACGCUCACGGCGCUCAUGCAGAAGGUCAGCGGCGAGGCGUCGCCAAUGGCGAGGCUGCAGGAGGCCGGGCACGAGGGCGACGGGGUGAAGGGCCUGUCAGGAUUCUACAGCAUGGCGCAGCUGCUCAUGGAGUUCCAGGAGAUGGUCCUUGACGCUGGCGCCGUGAGGGAUAGCGUCACAUCCUCGUUCGAAUUCAUGGAGUGGUCCGUGUCCUCGUUGAAGGAGGCCAUGGACGAGCGGCAGUGGCUGGCUCACGUCGAGAAGGAGAUGUACGUAGCGACCAUCAAUGGUUUUCUCAUGGAGAUCAAUGCCGGAUUUCCUGUUCUGAAUGAUUGUUCUUCUCUGGGAGAAAAGCAGCCAACUACUGAGAAUAUUUGGGAGGAAGCUGAAUCUCUGAAGGAAAAAAACAAACAUAUUCAGAAGAGCCUAAAGGAAGAUCAAUGCGGGAUAUCCAGUUCUGAAUGUCUGAUGUCACCAAGGCCUGCGACUUCAGAUAGCAAGCAGUGUUGUUAUUCAGGAGAGCCUAACGUAUGUCAUGAGGAGGUUGAGAGGCUUAUAGAAGAAAAUAUUGGUUUGGAGAUCAGAUGUGAACUGCAACAUGUGUUACAUACAGGCAUGUUCAGAGACUUGGUGAGGAAAUUGGCUGUUCUGGAUGCGCAGAAGCUAACAGAAGAGAAUGAUGAAAUGAACAUUGGAGUUGAGCUACUAUGUGAUAUAUGUUCUACAGUAUUUAAAGACUUGGUGAGUAAACUGGGUGCUGAAUCUUCUGAGCAUCUUAUCAGGUCCUUCAUCCAAGAUGAAGUUGAAGCAGUUGUUAUUGUCCAGACUUUAAAUAAAUUGGAAGGUGUGAUUGAAAUGGUUCACAGUGAGAAGCAUAGCAAGGAAGAUAACUAUUGCAAUUCUCCUGGGGAAAUAAAAAAAUAUUUAGAACAAGAUACUGAUUUGAAUGUGCUCAGAUGCCCAGCUGAAAAUACACGCAGCAAUAAUUUGGAAAGAUUCAGCAUAAUUAACAAUAUUGAACAAAUGUAUAUUAUGAAGAUGCGAACUAGUGGAGCUUGUGAAGAUAAAUAUACAGAUACUUAUCAGACACCUCUGGAGAAAGAGAUUCUAAGUAGCUCUGAUAAUUGUGACAGGCAAGAUCCAGAAGAAAAUGAUGUGGAAAUUGAAAUAUCAGCUGACAAUUAUGGUAUUUCUGACGCACUGAUUGGCAGUGUAGAGCAACCUUUGCAGGAAAAGGAUAGCAAGGAGAAGCUGCAUGCGAGAGGUGCAGAUUUAAAUUUGAGCAUACCUCCUGAAGAAGCGAAUAUGGAAAAUGGUGGCAUGAUUUUGAUUCUUAAUGAGAAACGUGAUGCGAUUCACUCGACAGAUUCAAACUCCAUUCUUGCUGAACAGGACCAGUUUGAACUGCAAAAUGUACUAGCUCUAUUCACUAGUUUCCAGGAAGUGUCCAUGAAUUUUGAAACUGUUGCCUGCGAAAAAAUAGAAGCAGUUAUGCUGAGAUUGAAAGAUCUGAAAAAACAGCAGGAAAAUCUGGUUGAACAGAGGAGCUCUCUGAAAACGAGCGAACAAAUUUACCAGAGGGCUUUCACCAGGCGAUGCCACGAUCUCCAAACUGCAGAAGCAGAGGUGGAUCUGCUUGGUGAUGAGGUUGAACUGCUACUUGGACUUCUCAGGAAGACAUAUAAAUCAUUGGAUCGCUAUUCACCGGUUCUAGAACACUAUCUCGGGAUAAGGGAGACGCUGAGGCUGCUUGGCGAGGAGCUAGCCGUGAGGCAUCAGGUUUAGUACAGUGUUGUUCAUAUCAGUCCGUUGAUCAGUGAAACGUGGGAAUUGCCCUAUGCUUAUGCAAUAAAGAUUUAUUUGUGGGUGAAACUUCUAUAGGCACAUUCACAACGGUUCAAACACAAAUGUUGUAAAAUAAAUUGUGAUGAGAAAUUCAUAAAAUCACCUCUAAAUUUAAGUUUUAAA